CUCAUUGUCCUGUGAAAGAGGAACAAUCCAGAUCAACACCAGAGGACGUGUCAUCAGGACAGUAUGCCAGCAGACACAUAUCUAAAGCUGCUCGCAGUAGUGGCUUACGUAUGUGUUAUCAACACUGAUGCGCAUUUAGGAAGUUUUCGAGUUACGCUUCCGGACUGGAGGCCAAAUGCAGAUUAUUUGGCAAAGUGUGACUUUGGCAGUGACUUGCCAUCAUCCUGUGAUUGGACCUCAGAGGGCCCCAUCAGCACUCAGACGGCAACAGAGGAAAAGAGUCCAUCUGGUGCGUUUCGUCUUAAGAGUGGACCUCUUAAGAUCACAGAAGACUGGUGUCUGGAGUUCUGGUACCACAAACCCAAUGAAAAGAGCUCUGAUCUCAAUGUUCUGCUAGUGGAUGGCAUUCUGAAGACCCUGAUUUGGACCUCAGAGGGUUUCGGCGUUGGAGACUGGAGACGAGAGUUCAUCACGAUCACAAAACAAUCUGAUGACAGCAACAUCCAGGUUCUUUUUGAAAUAUCACAAGGGCUGCAUGACGAUGGAAAAACUGCUUUUGACAGAAUGGGAAUACACAAGGGACGAUGUGGUUUACAAUGUCAGCUGGGCACAUUUUGGACGGAUGAAAGCACUCGUUGCACUUGUAAAGACGAUCAACUUGUCUGUUCUCACAUGCCUUGGUCCAAUGACACGUUUGGCACCUGCCACGUGGCCUCUAACCCACAUUAUACGACUUUCGAUGGGGUCAGCUUUCAGUUUGAGAGUCCCUGUACGUACAUCUUGUCAAAGGUGUGUGAUGAUUCAGGACUGCUUCCAGAGUUUGCAGUGGAGGUGCAGAAUGAGAAGAAAGGAGAAUCGCAUGUGUCUUCCAUUCAACAGGUCAACGUCAACAUAUACGGUCUGAGAGUGUCCAUGAUGAGGGCAGAGAGGAGCAAAGUCAUGGUCAAUGGGAUCUGGAAGCAUCUCCCUUUUCUCCUGAAAUCAAACAGAGUAACGGUAAACAAGCAGGGAGAUGCUCUGGUUCUUCAGACAGACUUCAAACUGUCCGUCCUCUACAUGCAGUCAGGAGCCAUUCAGGUGAUUGUUCCCAUCCAGUACUCCAACAGAAUCUGUGGCAUGUGCGGCAACUUUAACCAGGACCCCGAAGAUGACAUCAAAAUACCAAACAGGUCACAGGUUCAAAUGGCUCAGGUUUUAAGGCAGAGCGUGUGCGAGGAGCCCAGUUUGCCCAAAGUCUGUUCAGAAGCAGAGGAGCAGCAGUUCUCCAGCGAGCUUUACUGUGGCAUGAUCACAUCCAGACAUGGGCCCUUCACAACCUGCUCUUCUGUGCUGAAUGCAGACAGUUUCUUCCGCAGCUGCAUGUUUGACAUGUGCACCACUCAUGGAGAUGCUGCUGCCCUCUGCAAUGCCAUUGAGGCCUUCGGCGCCACCUGCAAUAAAGUUGGUUUCUCGAUUCCAGUCUGGAGGAACUCAACGUUCUGUCCGGUGGAGUGCGGUCUUCACAGUCACUAUAAUGCCUGCACCAGUGGCUGCCCUCAGACCUGCUCGAGCCUAGAUGCAGCAGGGCCUUGUGGCAAUUGUGAGGAGCGCUGUGAGUGUGACGAUGGCUUCAUACUCAGCGGAGGAGAGUGUGUGCUGGAAAAAGACUGUGGAUGCUGGGAUAAUGGACAGCAUUAUUCGAUCAGUGAGACAUUUAUGGUGGGUGAAUGUGAGCAGCAGUGCCAGUGUUUGGGCCAUGAUAAAAUUCAGUGUUCACCAACAUCCUGCACGGCUGAUGAACUGUGCAUGGUGAAGGACGGGGUGAAGGGUUGUUUCCCGUCCAGCCCAGUGACCUGCAGAGUCUAUGGAGACCCUCAUUACAUCACCUUCGAUGGCAAGGCCUACUCCUUCUGGGGCACCUGUAACUACACCAUAGCGAAGACCUGCGGGCCUACAGACACCCAGUUCACCAUAACCGCACGAAAUGAGGGAAAGCAAAACUCUGCAACCUCCUCUCUAAACUCUGUAGCUCUUCACAUGGAAGGCCUACACAUUGUCAUCGGAAAAAACAAGCUGGUUAAUGUAAACGGUGGUCAGGUUCGCCUUCCUGCGCAGUUUGGUUCAUCUGUGUCUGCGUUUGAGUCUGGUCCUUACAUUCAGCUCGAUACAAACUUCGGCCUCAGACUGCUGUUUGGAAACGCCAGGCUGUUCGUCCAGGUGGAUGAGCGAUAUGAAGGCGAGCUCUGCGGCCUGUGCGGCACCUAUUCCGGCAGUCAGUUUGAUGAUUUCUUGACACCUGAUGGAACCCUGGUGGCAAUUGCGCAUGAGUUCGCCAGCAGCUGGAAUAACAGUGACAGCGAGUGGCCUUGUAGUGAUGGCUCUCCAGACCCCCCUGCAUGUCAUCCAGGUCUGGAGGAUGAUGCAUAUACGAAGUGCAGUGAGCUGUUUGAAGACCCUUUUAAAGAGUGCCACUGGUUCGUUCCACCCCAGAUAUAUGUCAGCAGCUGCGUUUCUGAUUACUGCAUGUCCCAGGGGGACAAAGCUCAGCUCUGCACCUCUUUGGAGGACUAUGUGUCUGCUUGUGAGAUGGCUGAGGUGUUUCUCCCCCAAUGGAGGAAUCACACCUUAUGCUUUGCCAAUCCUACAGUGCCACCAACAAAUAAGCCCACACCAACCCCAUCCUCAGCAAGUUGCACAUGGAGCUGUAACUUUGACCAGGAUGAAUGUGGGUGGGAACAACUCAUCCAAGACAGUUUUGAUUGGACCAGGUGGUCAGGAUCAACUCCAUCAAGCUCCACUGGGCCAACCAGUGAUCACACCACGGGAAGUGGCUUUUACAUGUAUAUCGAAGGAGACAGUGUGGUCCAUGGUGACUCGGCUCGAAUAAUGAGUCCCCACUGUCACACUUCUGGCCAGCAGUGUUUGAGUUUCUGGUUUCACAUGUACGGCCCGGCACAUUUCAUGUCACUCAACCUCUACAAGUUUGAAAACAACCGUGCCACCAAAAUAUGGUCCAGAGAAAACAAUCAUGGUAACCGCUGGAUCCAAGGACAAGUAGAAAUCAAACCACAAAAGCCAUUCCAGAUCAUCAUUGAAGGCAUCAGGGGGUCAGAUCCUCGCUCAGAUGUGGCCAUAGAUGAUGUUACCAUAACAUAUGGAGCAUGUGAUUAUUCGUCUGUAGAAGAUUCAGAAUCAACCACUCUGGAACCCCAUCUCACUUCUCCUAAUGUAAUCGAUCCCUUUCCAAAUUGUAGAAUGAGCUGUGAUUUUGAAAGUGACAUCUGCAGCUGGACUCAGAUGGUAACUGAUGUUUUUGAUUGGACAAGACACAGAGACUCCACCCCCACAUCAAUGACUGGCCCCUCCUUUGACCACACAACUGGAAGUGGAUUUUAUAUGUACAUUGAGGGUGACAGUGCUCUUCAUGGUGACACGGCCCGUCUCAUCAGUCCACAAUGUGCUGACCCUCAACCUCAGUGUCUCCAGUUCUGGUACCACAUGUAUGGCUCCAGCUGGACCAUGGGACUGAGUGUCUACCUGUUGCAAUACGGCAAUGUUUUCAAAGAGGUGUGGAAAAAGAGAGAAGACCAAGGACACAUGUGGCAUUUUGCAAGGGUGGAUAUAAAAUCAGAUGUUAAAUUCCAGGUGAUCUUUGAGGGGCGUAGAGGAAGCUCAACCUGGUCAGAUGUCGCCAUUGAUGAUAUCUCACUGCACAGAGGAGCCUGUAGUGAUUUACCAAACCAUCCGGAUCCACCAACAGUCCUCCCACCUCCACCUUCAACAACACCACAACCUGCACCCAUCCAAACUGCAGAAGUACCAAACCCCACACCAUCUUGUCACAUCAACUGUGACUUUGAAAAGGACAUUUGCACUUGGACUCAGUUGGCAACUGAUGUGUUUGAUUGGACAAGACAAAGAGGCUCCACUCCCACACCACUGACUGGUCCCUCUUCUGACCACACAACAGGAAGUGGAUUUUAUAUGUACAUUGAGGGUGACAGUGCUCUUCAUGGUGACACGGCCCGUCUCCUCAGUGCACAAUGUGCUGACCCUCAACCUCAGUGUCUCCAGUUCUGGUACCACAUGUAUGGCUCUAGCUGGACUAUGGGACUGACUGUCUACCUGCUGCAAUAUGGCAAUGUGGCUAAAGAGGUGUGGAGUAAGAGAGAAGACCAAGGGAACAUGUGGCAUCUUGCACAGGUGGACCUGAGACCAGAUGUUAAGUUCCAGGUGAUCUUUGAAGGGCGUAGAGGAAGUUCAGCCCGGUCAGAUGUUGCUAUUGACGACAUCUCACUGCACAGGGGACCCUGUAGUGAUUUACCAAACCAUGUGGUUCCACCAACACUCCCCCCACCUCCACCUCCAACUCCAACAACACCACAACCUGCCCCCAUCCAAACUACAGAAGUACCAAACACCUCAGCAUCUUGUCACAUCAACUGUGAUUUUGAAAAGGACAUUUGCACUUGGACUCAGUUGGCAACUGAUGUUUUUGAUUGGACAAGACAAAGAGGCUCCACCCCCACACCACUGACUGGUCCCUCCUCUGACCACACAACAGGAAGUGGCUUUUAUAUGUACAUUGAGGGUGACAGUGCUCUCCAUGGUGACACGGCCCGUCUCCUCAGUGCACAAUGUACUGAUCCUCAACCUCAGUGUCUUCAGUUCUGGUACCACAUGUAUGGCUACAGCUGGACUAUGGGACUAAGUGUCUACCUGCUGCAAUAUGGUAAUGUGGCCAAAGAGGUGUGGAGGAAGAGAGAAGACCAAGGGAACAUGUGGCAUCUUGCACAGGUGGACCUAAGACCAGAUGUUAAGUUCCAGGUGAUCUUUGAGGGCCGUAGAGGAAGUUCAGCCCGGUCAGAUGUUGCCAUUGACGACAUCUCACUGCACAAGGGACCCUGUAGUGAUUUACCAAACCAUGUGGUUCCACCAACACUCCCCCCACCUCCACCUCCAACUCCAACAACACCACAACCUGCCCCCAUCCAAACUACAGAAGUACCAAACACCUCAGCAUCUUGUCACAUCAAUUGUGAUUUUGAAAAGGACAUUUGCACUUGGACUCAGUUGGCAACUGAUGUUUUUGAUUGGACAAGACAAAGAGGCUCCACCCCCACACCACUGACUGGUCCCUCCUCUGACCACACAACAGGAAGUGGCUUUUAUAUGUACAUUGAGGGUGACAGUGCUUUUCAUGGUGACACGGCCCGUCUCCUCAGUGCACAAUGUGCUGACCCUCAACCUCAGUGUCUUCAGUUCUGGUACCACAUGUAUGGCUCUAGCUGGACUAUGGGACUGAGCGUCUACCUGCUGCAAUAUGGUAAUGUUGCCAAAGAGGUGUGGAGAAAGAGAGAAGACCAAGGGAACAUGUGGCACCUUGCACAGGUGGACCUGAGACCAGAUGUUAAGUUCCAGGUGAUCUUUGAGGGGCGUAGAGGAAGCUCAGCCCGGUCAGAUGUUGCCAUUGAUGACAUCUCACUGCACAGGGGACCCUGUAGUGAUUUACCAAACCAUGUGGUUCCACCAACACUCCCUCCACCUCCACCUCCAACAACACCACAACCUGCCCCCAUCCAAACUACAGAAGUACCAAACACCUCAGCAUCUUGUCACAUCAACUGUGACUUUGAAAAGGACAUUUGCACUUGGACUCAGUUGGCAACUGAUGUUUUUGAUUGGACAAGACAAAGAGGCUCCACCCCCACACCACUGACUGGUCCCUCCUCUGAUCACACAACAGGAAGUGGCUUUUAUAUGUACAUUGAGGGUGACAGUGCUCUCCAUGGUGACACGGCCCGUCUCCUCAGUGCACAAUGUACUGAUCCUCAACCACAGUGUCUUCAGUUCUGGUACCACAUGUAUGGCUACAGCUGGACUAUGGGACUAAGUGUCUACCUGCUGCAAUAUGGUAAUGUGGCCCAAGAGGUGUGGAGGAAGAGAGAAGACCAAGGAAACAUGUGGCAUCUUGCACAGGUGGACCUAAGACCAGAUGUUAAGUUCCAGGUGAUCUUUGAGGGCCGUAGGGGAAGCUCAGCCCGGUCAGAUGUUGCCAUUGACGACAUCUCACUGCACAAGGGACCCUGUAGUGAUUUACCAAACCAUGUGGUUCCACCAACACUCCCCCCACCGCCACCUCUACCUCAAACAACACCACAACCUGCCCCCAUCCAAACUACAGAAGUACCAAACGCCUCACCAUCUUGUCGCAUUAACUGUGACUUUGAACAGGACAUUUGCACUUGGACUCAGUUGGCAACUGAUGUUUUUGAUUGGACAAGACAAAGAGGCUCCACCCCUACACCACUGACUGGUCCCUCCUCUGACCACAAAACAGGAAGUGGUUUUUAUAUGUACAUUGAGGGUGACAGUGCUCUCCAUGGUGACACGGCCCGUCUCCUCAGUGAACAAUGUGCUGACCCUCAACCUCAGUGUCUUCAGUUCUGGUACCACAUGUAUGGCUCUAGCUGGACUAUGGGACUAAGUGUCUACCUGCUGCAAUAUGGUAAUGUAGCCAAAGAGGUAUGGAGAAAGAGAGAAGACCAAGGAAACAUGUGGCAUCUUGCACAGGUGGACCUGAGACCGGAUGUUAAAUUUCAGGUGAUCUUUGAGGGGCGUAGAGGAAGCUCAGCCCGGUCAGAUGUUGCCAUUGAUGAUGUCUCACUGCACAGAGGAGCCUGUAGUGAUUUACCAAACCAUGUGGUUCCACCAACAUUCAUCCCACCUCCACCACCAACAACACCACAACCUGCACCUGCCCAAACUACAGAAGUUCCGAAUGCCUUAGAAUCUUGUCACAUCAAUUGUGAUUUUGAAAAGGACAUUUGCACUUGGACUCAGUUAGCCACUGAUGUUUUUGAUUGGACAAGACAAAGAGGCUCCACCCCCACACAACUGACUGGUCCCUCCUCUGACCACACAACAGAGGGUGGGUUUUAUAUGUACAUUGAGGGUGACAGUGCUCUUCAUGGUGACACGGCCCGUCUCCUCAGUGCACAAUGUGCUGAACCUCAACCUCAGUGUCUCCAGUUCUGGUACCACAUGUAUGGCUCUAGCUGGACUAUGGGACUAAGUGUCUACUUGCUGCAAUAUGGUAAUGUGGCCAAAGAGGUGUGGAGAAAGAGAGAAGACCAAGGAAACAUGUGGCAUCUUGCACAGGUGGACCUGAGACCAGAUGUUAAGUUCCAGGUGAUCUUUGAGGGCCGUAGAGGAAGCUCAGCCCGGUCAGAUGUUGCCAUUGAUGACAUCUCACUGCACAGGGGACCCUGUAGUGAUUUACCAAACCAUGUGGUUGCACCAACACUCCCCCCACCUCCACCUCCAACAACACCACAACCUGCCCCCAUCCAAACUACAGAAGUACCAAACGCCUCACCAUCUUGUCACAUCAAUUGUGAUUUUGAAAAGGACAUUUGCACUUGGACUCAGUUGGCCACUGAUGUUUUUGAUUGGACAAGACAAAGAGGCUCCACCCCCACACCACUGACUGGUCCCUCCUCUGACCACACAACAGGAAGUGGCUUUUAUAUGUACAUUGAGGGUGACAGUGCUCUCCAUGGUGACACGGCCCGUCUCCUCAGUGCACAAUGUGCUGACCCUCAACCUCAGUGUCUCCAAUUCUGGUACCACAUGUAUGGCUACAGCUGGACUAUGGGACUAAGUGUCUACUUGCUGCAAUAUGGCAAUGUGGCCAAAGAGGUGUGGAGAAAGAGAGAAGACCAAGGAAACAUGUGGCAUCUUGCACAGGUGGACCUGAGACCAGAUGUUACGUUCCAGGUGAUCUUUGAGGGGCGUAGAGGAAGCUCAGCCCGGUCAGAUGUUGCCAUUGAUGACGUCUCACUGUACAGAGGUCCCUGUAGCGAUUUACCAAACCAUGUGGGUGCACCAAAACUCCUCCCGCCUCCACCUGGAACACCACCACAACCUUCUCUCAUCCAAACUGCAGUAGUACCAAACGCCUCAGCAUCUUGUCACAUCAACUGUGACUUUGAAAAUGACAUUUGUGCUUGGUCUCAAUUGCCAACUGAUGUUUUUGAUUGGACAAGACAAAGAGGCUCCACCCCCACACCACUGACUGGUCCCUCCUCUGACCACACAACAGGAAGUGGCUUUUAUAUGUACAUUGAGGGUGACAGUGCUCUUCAUGGUGACACGGCCCGUCUCCUCAGUGCACAAUGUGCUGACCCUCAACCUCAGUGUCUUCAGUUCUGGUACCACAUGUAUGGCUCCAGCUGGACCAUGGGACUGACCGUCUACCUACUGCAAUAUGGCAAUGUGGCCAAAGAGGUGUGGGGGAAGAGAGAAGACCAAGGAAACAUGUGGCAUCUUGCACAGGUGGACCUGAGACCAGAAGAUAAUUUCCAGGUGAUCUUUGAGGGGCGUAUAGGAAGCUCAGCCCAGUCAGAUGUUGCCAUUGAUGACAUCUCGAUGCACAGAGGAGCCUGUAGUGUCUCUACAGAGAUCACUGCCUCUGACAUGUAUGGAAAUUCUGACAGUGAAAAUAGCAUAAUAAAGCUAAAAGGAGAGAAGGAAAAGAAUGAGAAAAACUGGAAAGCAAUGGAUGAAAAUGUUGCAGCAAGCCGGAGAUAAACAUCCUGGUAGCCCUUGCUGUUAAAGGAACACUCUUAUGGCAAAACAUACUUCCAUCUUUCCAAGGCAAAUGAAUACCUGAAAAUACCUGUCAUCGGUCGAUAUGGACUUCCUCCUUUUUUUACUAGGACCUAGAAGUUAUUUUCUCUAACAGACCUUUUAUAAUAUGACAUACAUUAAACACCUUUCCGGCUUUUCAUUAUUGAGGUGUUUUCCCCUCAUAGAACAGUUUGUUUUUCGUGAAGUCAACACAGGCAUCGUAUCAGCCUGGCAUCCCAAACAUCUUAACAUCUACAAAAUGCCUUAUUCUAUUGUUUUACAAAAAAUAUAUUGUUGUAUUAUUUAAAAACUAGUGAAUGUCUUUUUUGCAAAUGUUUCUUGUAUAUGCACAUUAUCUGUGAUUCUCUUUUUAACUUUAAUAAACAUUUUCAUUUCGUGCAAUAAAA